CAGCGGAACCAAUGUCAGCAGGGAAGGCGUUUCCACCCGGGACUGUUUUGGUGUAUAACGUGAGCAAAUCCUGCACCGAACUGUCAAGAUGUCCGACCUGAUAAAACUCGUCUUUUCAACGAUUCGCUCAGUUUUGCGUCCUGUGUACGUUUCUGUGUAGGUUUUCUCCUGCACACAGACCGGACACUACAGAGAGACGAUGAGCUUCCUGCGUAACCGUGCCGUGGUGCUUGGCCUGGUGCUGCUCUUCACCGUGCUGCUUUACCUGCUGCUGCCGUCCUCCAUCAGACAGAGUAACACCGAGCCGUCUCUGGCCGUGCAGAGGACACAGAGGCUCAUUUCUUCUUCUCCGUCACCCAUCAACAUCACCGUCCGCACGGGACAGAUCCCCAGUGACCCACCGCUCUUCUUCAGAGAAGCCCUGCCUGUGGACGCGUCCAGGAGACAGGUCCUACCCAGGCUGCAGGUAGUGCUGCUGCAUGGUCAGGCCUUCACCUCCAGGACGUGGGAGGAGCUGGGCACGCUCAGUCUGCUCGCCGCAAACCGAUACCAGGCCCUAGCUCUAGACCUGCCAGGUUUUGGUAAGUCUCCAGCAUCAGAGUCGGUGAAGUCGGAGCAGAGUCGUGUGGAUCUGUUGAAGCAUUUCCUGGAGGCUCUGGGAGUUCACGCUCCAGUUCUCAUCACUCCGUCAAUGAGCGGUCACUACGCGCUGCCCUUCCUGCAGAGGUUCAGUGAUCAGCUACGAGGCUUCAUUCCCAUCGCACCUGUCGCCACCCGUACACUCACUCCACAGCAGUACCACGACAUACAGACACCGACUCUGAUUAUAGUUGGGGAGUUGGACAAUAAUCUUGGCUCUCAGUCUCUGAAGAACCUGCAGAAUCUCCCUCAUCACUCUGUGGUUAAGCUGUCAGGAGCACGACAUGCCUGCUACAUGGACAAACCGCGAGAGUUCCACCAGGCGCUGCUGCACUUCCUCAACACUCUCAACUAAUAGUGUGUGUGUGUGUGUGUGUGUGUGUGUGUGUGUGUGUGUGUGUGUGUGUGUGUGUGUGUGUGUGUGUGACAAGAGUGUCUGUACUUUAAAACAUUUAGGUUUUUCUGAAACAGGCACAUCAUCUCAACUGUAGUGCAGUAUUUAUAAAGCAUAUACAUUGUCAGAUUGAUGUGUGUGUGUGUAAGAGAGAGACGAACAGUGUUUGGAGACAGAUCACUCUUUUUCCUUUGCUUUAACUCCUCCCCUUUUAAAGACCGUGUCUGUCUUGUGCUGUCAAAAAUUUGAGUGAAAUCUGAAAUGCAGAUGAUAAAAUGUGUAACUACAGACUGUUGCUGCGGCUUUAUCUGAAAUCGCUUCUAAAAUCGCUUAGUUAAAAUAUGCUUUCUUUUGUUGAUGAUAAAAAUAUUGGCACCCACCUUGCCCAGUUCCAGAUACACACACUGGCACGUUAGAGCCGUGUGGAACCUCGGAUCAUUUGGACCUCUGAUCCCCGCUGAUGCUUUACGAUGCUUUGUAUGCAUGUAAAAAAAACUUUUUAUGAUGUUCUCUUAACACCGGCUUUGUUUAAAUGGACAGUUUUGCAUAUAGACCUGUUUACACCUCUUCCCAGUUAAUUGCACUGUACAGUAAUUCGGUGCAUUGCUUUCUGUGUGUGUAGUUAUGAUGUGUGUAUUUAUUUUCCGCAGGCGUUUUGUGUACAGUGUACAGAUUGUGUGUAUAGUCCAUCAGGUGAGGUUUACAUUGCUUGUAAAUAGAGGAGAGCUGAACAUUAUUAAAACACUAUAUCGAAAUAAAAGUAGCCUUAUUGGCAUGACUGUGUCAGGA